UUCAGGCAGCGCGGCCGCCGCGAGAGCCCGGAGCGCGCAAGGGGAGGGAGGAAGGAGAAGAGGAGAGGGAGGAGGGGAGACGGACAACAUGGGGCUGGAGGCGGCGCGCGAGCUGGACUGCGCGGCGCUGGGGGCGCUCCUGCGGGAGCCGCGGGAGGCCGAGCGCACGCUGCUGCUCGACUGCCGCCCCUUCUUGGCCUUCUGUCGCCGCCACGUGCGCACCGCACGGCCGGUGCCCUGGAACGCGCUGCUGCGGCGCCGCGCGAGCGGCUCGCCCGCCUCCGCCCUCGCCUGCCUGCUGCCCGACCGCGCGCUGCGGGCGCGCCUGGCCCGCGGGGAGCUGGCGCGGGCCGUGGUGCUGGACGAAGGCAGCGCCUCGGUGGCCGAGCUCCCGCCCGACGGUCCAGCCCACGCUCUGCUCGCCGCGCUCCUGCACGAGACCCGCGCCGGGCCCACCCUUGUGUACUUCCUGCCAGGAGGCUUCGAUGGCUUCCAGGCUUGCUGCCCCGACCUGUGCUCUGAGUCCCCUGCCCUGCCGAUGCUGCCCGAAAACAGCCGCCCCGACCCCAGGGCUCCCUUGUAUGACCAGGGUGGCCCUGUGGAGAUCUUGCCCUACCUGUUCCUGGGCAGCUGCAGCCACUCAUCUGACCUGCAAGGGCUGCAGGCCUGCGGCAUCACUGCAGUCCUUAACGUCUCGGCCAGCUGCCCCAACCACUUUGAGGGCCUGCUGCGCUACAAAAGCAUCCCUGUGGAGGACAACCAGAUGGUGGAGAUCAGUGCCUGGUUCCAGGAGGCUAUCGGCUUCAUUGAUUCGGUGAAGAACAGUGGAGGCCGGGUGCUAGUACAUUGCCAGGCAGGCAUCUCACGCUCCGCCACCAUCUGCCUGGCGUACCUGAUACAGAACCGUCGAGUGCGUCUAGAUGAGGCCUUUGACUUUGUUAAGCAACGCAGGGGAGUCAUCUCCCCCAACUUCAGUUUCAUGGGGCAGCUGCUGCAGUUUGAGACUCAGGUGCUGUGUCACUGAGGCUGGGCGCCACCAUGCUGGCUCCCCCAGGGCCCAGUAGCACAGGGCUACCUGAUUCCUGGGGACAGCUGGGGCCCCAGUCCCCCACUCCACCCCCCACCUCAGGGAGAGCAGCCCCUUCCUUGGAGUUUGAAAAGCCCCAGGUGGAGGCGCUGGGGAUACGGCAAUGCUGGACUUUCUCACCUGGUGCUCUUCUGCUAGGGGUUUGAGGGCUGGCCCUCAGUCCUCAUCCUGGAAGGAGAAUGGAGGCUCUUCUGCUUCCCUCUUCCUCCGUCCUCUGGCAGAAACGAACUGGACUCUACACCCAUGGAUUCCCACUGGCCCCACCAUGCCAGAGCCCUUGGAAGCCUGAGGGCUCCAAGGAACAAGCUGUGACAACCAGGAGCCCUGUCUGGGGUGGUCCACCCUGAGGCCUGGAGCCUGAGCCCUGCGCGGGGCUUGGGGAAGUAAGGCAGAUGCCGUGUCUGGACCUCUUGGUUGCGUGUGUGUGUGUGUGUGUGUGAGUGUUUCACGCCUGUGUUGGCGCUGGAAAGUUAUUUGUGUUCAACUGACAUUUAACACUCCCUGCCCCACUUCCUCCCAGCCCUGUGGGCUGGGUUGGAAACUUAGCACUUUAUAUUUAUAUGGAACAUUGAGGAUGUGUCAAUAAAAUAUUGUUUUGUUUAAGAAA